CAGCCAGUAACUCUUUGAUCACGGACUUGAACACCAUCGUAUUUAAAACAGAAAUCAAAGAUGAAAACAAUCGUUAUCGUGCUCACCAUUUCUUUCAUCGCCGUUUUGGGUCAACUCACAGAUGAACAAAAAGCAAAUUUGAGAGAGUACAAAGAAUCCUGUAUAAACGAAACUGGUGUUGACACUGUUUUAAUUGAAAAUGCAAAGAAAGGACAAAUAGCUGAAAAUGACGAAAAGCUUGCUUGUUUCGCUACCUGUUUGUUAAAGAAAGCCGAAAUUAUAAAUGCAGAUGGACACAUUGACUGGAAAGUAGCUCGUUCUAAAUUUCCAGUACCACGAGAAAGACUCGAUCAAAUUUAUAAUGCAUGCAAGCACAUUACUGAAACAGGCUGUGAAAAAGGAGGCAAACUGUUUAAAUGUUUCAUGGACAACAACAUUUAUCUUUUACAAUAGAAUGAAACCAAACUUUGCACGAAAACUUAAUUAGAUUAAUCGGAUCUAAUAUUCACUAUCUGACACAACAGAUUAAAACAUAAUAAUUUAUAUUUUAAUCUGUUGUGUCAAUUAGUAAGAGAAUAAUAAAAGAAGUAAAAGAUGUAUUAAUGAAAAAAUAAAUAUUUAUGUCGCUUC